AUGAGAGAAGCCCUGCCUGUGCCGACCAAUGCCGACUCGAUCAUUGUGAGGCAGCUGGUGCUUACUCGACUGAGCUUAGUCCUUAUCCACCGCGGUGCCCAACCACAACAGUAACCUCAAGGCGACAGUUGAAACUCCUCGUGCCUGAGCGAAACGCGAUCCGCCGAGCCCUCGACUUAAGGGGCCGACACGUUAUGCCUGUACUAUAACGGAGGCUUUUUAUAAAACUUUUGUGUGGUACAAAGAAUACGCUUGAACGGUUUAUAAGGUUACGGUGACGCUCAAAUGUAAACAUGACCCGCACGAGAAUUUCUGUUUUAAAUUCUGUAUUUAAACACAUUUACUCUCAGGCCUAGAAAAUGACAGGGAGAAGGGAACGAGUGGCACAAUAGAUAAAUACUUGGUAGACAGAGAGACUGACAGUGAUAGUGAAUAAGUAGAUAGAUGAAUAGGAUGAUGAAAGGGGUGAGAAGAGGAUGAAAAAUACAGAGAGAGAAAAGGGAGAAGAGACACUAAUCUGCUUAAUUAGUCAACAACCGUCUUGUUCUGUGCAGUUGUCUAGCCUUGUACGAUCUGAUGCGAGAUGUCUCUGAACGGCGACUUCGACGCUUUGCUCUCCGAGAUUGGCUUCGGACGCUGGCAGAUUUCCGUCGUAAUGGCGACUGUGCUCACGGCGAAUCAGCUGGCCGUUCAUAUGCUGGGCUCGACCCUCCUAAGUGGUCCGCUGCAGUUCCGGUGCUCACCUGUGAACGGAACUAGUAUAGCAACGUCCAGUUCAACAUACUACAAUAAUGAAUGUCUGCCUCCGACCAAACUUCAGUACGAGCCAGCUGCCUCUAUUGGCCAAGUUGUCAAUGCCAGCGUCCAGUACUUUCCAGGGGAAUCGGAGCCAGAGUUAACUCACAUGCCGUCAUGUCCGCUGAUCGAAUAUGACAGAUCCAUAUUUACGACAACCAUCAUUUCUGAAUGGCAUUUGGUGUGUGAUCAAGUCUCCCUGCAGCCUCUGUACCAGAUGGUGUACAACGUCGGCAGCAUCAUUGGGAGUAUAGCAUGCGGCCCCCUGGGAGAUAAGCUUGGGCGUCGAAGGGCUGUGCAGAUCGGGAGUGUGAUCUACGCCGCCGCCGUCCUGGUAAUGGGCUUCACGUCCUCUUACCCGACCGUGCUGGCCAUGCGCUGCGUGGUGGGCGUCGCAGCGCAGUGCAUGAUCCAGCCUUCGUGGAGCCUCGCGAUGGAGUCGACGCCCACGCGCUUCCGCAGCCUGGUGGGGAUGCUGCUGGGUCUCCCGUACUCCUUCUCCGUCAUCUGCCUCGCGGGCAUCGGCUUCCUCAUGCGGCGGUGGCGCGCCAUCAUGUUCAUUUGCUGCGCGCCGACCAUCGUCCUCCUCCCGCUGGUCUUCUUCAUGGACGAGUCGGCGCGAUGGCUGCUGCAACAGGGAAGGAAAGACGAAGCCGCGGCUGUCCUUGAGAAAGCCGUGAGGAUGAAUAAGGCGAAGCUCUCCUCACCUCUCGACUCCACCUUGGAGAAAUUAGUCCAGGCCCAUUCCACUCCUGACGACAAAGGAUCCUCUCUGAGCGCGUCCCUCGAGCAGACGAAGGCGUACCUGCGUUCCCCCAUCAUGAGGACGAUUAUCCUCGUCACGCCCCUCCUGUGGUUCCUCCAGAGCUGCCUGUACCUCUCGGUCGCCAUUAACGCCAACAACUUCAACAGCUCGAACCCCUUCCUGUACGUGUGUCUGAGCGGCUCGAUGGACACCUCGGCCAUCCUGCUUAUGACGCCCCUCAGCACACGCCUUGGGAGACGCGUCAUCGUGGGCGGCGGGAUGUUCGCGGGUGGCCUGCUCUUCCUGCUAGAGCUCCUCGUCCCGGAAGAUUACUUCUGGCUCAAAUGGGUGCUAGUCAUGGGCGGUUUCCUUUUAGUGGCGGGCUCGUUCCAGAUGAACUACGUCUACGGGCCGGAGCUGUUUCCGACAGAGAUUCGAAAUCGAGGUUUUGCAUUUGUUAACCUCAUGGGUUCCCUCGGAUUCGUUUGCGCCCCUUUCAUCACGUACAGACUGGUCCUCAUUAGGUGGUGGGUGGCAUCCGUGACUUUCGGCUGCGCUGCGAUAGUAGGAAGCUUCACCCUCCCUCUGCUGCCGGAGACGAGGAACAGGUCGAUGCCAGACACGUUGCAGGCGCUGGACGAGAGAAGGGGUAAACGCAAGGAAAAGCCUGCAGAGACUGGGUACAUUAAUAAGGAGAGUGAGGAGAGCAGAUUGUGAUGGGCUCUCUCUCUUUGUUAGUAUCUUUGCGUAUGGGAGAGAGAUGGUAAGAAUUUAUCUCCGGGUUUCUUUCUUCUCUCUUUCUUUCUCUCUCUCUCUCUCUCUCUCUCUCUCUCUCUCUCUCUCUCUCCUUCUUUCUC